AUGGAAGACCACACGACGAGCCGCCUCGCUGCGACGGCGAGCCCCCUCGGCGAGCCACUUCUCACGGCCACCGGGCAGCGAGCUGACCGCGACGCCGAGGCGCAGCUCCCUCCGUAUCGCAGCGCCGGCGCCUCCUUCUCCAGGACGUGCCUCAACCUCACCAACGCCGUCUCGGGCAUCGGGGUGCUCACCAUGCCGUACGCGGUGUCGCGGGGCGGGUGGCUCAGCCUGGCGCUCUUCGCCCUCGUCGGCGCCGUCUGCUACUACACCGGCACGCUCAUGGCGCGCUGCAUGCGCGCCGACGGCUCCGUCGCCACCUACCCGGACAUCGGCCAGCUGGCCUUCGGCGCCGCCGGCCGAAGAACCGUCGCCGUGUUCAUGUACGUGGAGCUCUACCUCGUCGCCAUCAGUUUCCUGGUCCUCGAGGGCGACAACCUCGACAAGCUCUUCCCCGGCGCCGGCGUGGAGCUGCUCCCCGGCUACCGGCUGCGCGGGAAGCAGCUCUUCAUCGUCCUGGCUGGCGCCGUCGUGCUGCCCACCACCUGGCUCAGGAACCUCGGCGUGCUCGCCUACGUGUCGGCGCUCGGGCUCGUCGCGUCGGCGGCCUUGACGGCGUCGCUGGUCUGGGCCGGAGUCUCUGAAUCCGGGUUCCGCACGAACGGCAACGUCCUCAACCUCGCCGGCCUGCCCGCCUCCCUCGGCCUCUACUUCGUCUGCUUCACCGGCCAUGUCGUCUUUCCCACGAUAUACUCGUCCAUGAAGAACCGCGAGCGCUUCUCCCAAGUGCUGCUCAUCUCCUCGGUGCUCUGCGGCCUCAACUACGGGUUCACGGCGGUGCUGGGCUACCUCAUCUACGGAGAGGACGUGCAGUCGCAGGUGACGCUCAACCUGCCAUCAGGGAGGCUCUACACCAAGAUCGCCAUCGUCAUGACUCUCAUCAACCCGCUGACCAAGUACGCGCUGCUCGUCGCGCCCAUCACGUCGGCAAUCGAGGAGAGGCUCUCGCUCGCGGGGAGUGGGUCGGCGAGGGUGGCUGUCAGCACCACCGUUCUUAUCAGCACGGUCGCGGUGGCGUCCAUGGUGCCGUUCUUCGGGUUCCUCAUGUCCUUCAUCGGUUCCUUCCUCAGCGUCAUGGGCACAGUCUUCUUCCCCUGCCUCUGCUACCUCAAGAUCUACAAAGCCAAAGGCCUGCGCCGUGUCGAGGUCGCGGCGAUCGUCGGCAUCCUGCUGCUUGGGGCGUUUGUUGCCAUCACUGGCACCUACACUUCGUUGUUGGACAUCAUAGGCACUUUCUGACAGAUAGUACGUACUUCCUUUUAGCUGUGCUAUAUGCUAGCAUAUAGUACAAACAAAACAACCGAGCGAUCUUAGCGUAUGUAAGAUAAAGUGAAGGUCAUCCGUUGAUUUGGAAAAUAAAUCGAGGACUUAUUAAUUAAUUAUCGACUUCGA